UUAUUAGGAAAAAAGAUAGAAAUUAAGUUUGACAUGUAAAAAAAUAUUUUGAUGUAUUGGGAUUUGAAAAAGAAAUCUCUAUACGAAAAACUUGAUUUAAUAUUUUUUACGGAGUUUCAAAUUUCGACAGUAACUUCUUUAGAUUCAAUACGGUUUUAUUUCGACUACGGGACAGAGCAUAAAAGCAAUAAGUUACAUGUCUGAUUGUCUUCUGAUAUCAACGGAGUAGUGCCUUUUACGUCUAGUUUUUUUUCGUGUGAAAUAACUAUACCUUCAAUUUCACUAUAUUUUUUUUAUAUAUCGAGAAAUACAUGGGAUUAGUUUUUAUAAUUUAAACACUUGCUGAAUUUAUUUUUAAAAUAUUCUUAUAUUUUAAAUUACCACAGCUCCUAAUUUUUGAAAAUUAUCUUUUAAUUUUUAAAUUAUGGACGUCAUAGAAUUAGAAAAUCAAACCGGUAUUCGGUUUUCUUGGAAUGUGUGGCCACAAACACGUGAAGACUCUAAUAAAUUAGAAAUUCCAUUAAGUUGUCUAUACACCCCUUUUAAAGAUAUUAACAAUGCUCAAUUAGAAUACGAACCUCUACGAUGUCGUCAAUCAGGGUGUAUUCUAAACCCAUACUGCCCUAUCGAUUACAGGGUGAAAUCUUGGACUUGCCCAUUUUCUGGCACUCGAAACAAUUUUCCUCCGAAAUAUGCGGACCACAUUUCAGAACGACCACCUCCUGAAAUGCUCUACCCAACUGUCGACUAUAUUUUACCAUUACAAAUAUCAGGCCAUAUCUCACCCCCUAGUUUUGUUUUUUUGAUUGACACCUGUUUGUAUCAAGAAGAACUUGACACACUUAAGGAUACUCUUCAACAAACAAUUAAUUUUAUUCCGCAAGACGUUUCAAUUGGCUUGGUAACAUUUGGUAAAAUGUGUUAUGUUCAUGAGCUUGGGUUUUUGGAAUGCCCGAAAUCGUAUGUUUUCCGGGGUGACAAAGACAUUUCGCCUCAAGAAGUCCAAAAACAUUUAAAUUUAACCUCCCGUGAUCCUCGCGGAGGAGCGGGUGGUGCAGCAGCUAGAAGAUUUUUACUACCAAUUGCUGAAUGUGAAUUCACGUUUAACGCUAUUUUGGAUAACCUACAAAAAGAUCAAUGGCCAACGCCGACUGAUCAUAGACCUGAGCGUUGUACGGGGGCUGCUUUAAGUAUUGCUUUGGCUCUUUUAGAGGGAUGUGCUUCCCAACAUAGUGGACGUGUAAUGCUGUUUACUGGUGGUUUAUGUACAAUAGGACCAGGAACUAUUGUCGACACUCCCUUAAGCACCCCAAUACGCCAUCAUCUUGAUUUAUUAAAAGAAACUCCGCAUGCCAAACAUGUUAAAAAAGCUGUGGAAUAUUAUACACAACUUGCUCAACGUGCUGUUAACGCAGGUCAUGCCGUUGAUAUUUUUGCUUGCUCUUUAGAUCAAGUUGGCCUUCAUGAAAUGAAAGUCUGCUGUCUUAAAACAGGAGGCUACACGGUUAUGAGUGACUCUUUUAGCAUGAAUGUUUUUAAAGAUAGCCUUAAUAAAAUUUUUGAACCUGACGCUAACGGAUAUAUGCAGCAUGCGUAUAAUGGGAAGUUAGAAGUUUUAUGCUCAAAUAGUAUUAAGGUUUGCGGGGCUAUUGGAGCUUGUUCCAGCUCUCGAAAAAAGGGUGUUCAAGUUGGAGAUUUAUGUUUAGGUGAAGGAAAUACUUGUGAAUGGAUUAUUCCUGCUCUAGAUAAACGUACUACAUUAGCAUUUUAUUUCGACUCAACCUCUCAAACUCCCUCAAAUCCUCCAACCCGACAAGCUUUUCUUCAAUUUCAAACUCUUUACCACCAUCCAAGUGGUCGUGUACGCUUACGUGUCACUACUGUGUCAUAUCGAUUUGCUGAAUCGGAUGUCUUAAAUGUUGGAAAUGGUUUUGAUCAAGAGGCUGCUGCGGUUUUGAUGGCUCGCUUGGGUGUUUUGAAAACAGAAGAAGAACCAUGUGCUGAUGUGCUAAAAUGGCUUGACCGUAAACUUAUACGACUUGUUAGUCGCUUCGCUGAUUACCAAAAAAAUGAUCCUUCUUCUUUCCAUUUAAGUCAAGAAUUUUCUAUUUACCCUCAAUUUAUGUAUCAUUUACGCCGUUCUCAUUUUUUACAAACGUUUAAUGCUAGUCCAGAUGAAACUGCAUAUUAUCGAACAAUUUUACUUCGCGAAAACAUAUUAAAUUCACUUGUCAUGAUUCAACCAGCUCUUUUCCAAUAUACAUUUGAAUCUCCUCCAAAACCUGUUAUGUUAGAUGUUCAAUCCUUAAAGCCUGACGUUAUUUUGUUACUUGAUUCUUUUUUUCACAUUGUCAUAUGGCAUGGGGACGUGAUCCAUAGUUGGAAAGAGCAAGGUUACGAUCAGAAUCCUGAUUAUCAAAACUUUCAAGAAUUUUUACAGGCACCUCAUAAAGACGCUAAGGAAUUGUUAGAUGAUCGGUUCCCUGCACCUAAAUUUGUUUGUUGCAAUGCAGGUGGAAGUCAAGCACGUUUUUUGCUAGCUAAAGUGAAUCCUUCUUCAACGCAUAACACUCAAAAUAAUACUUUCAUUGCCAAAACAGCAGGUUGCGAACCGAUGUUGGAUUCCGGAUCAAACUUUAUCAUAACUGAUGACGUUUCUUUGAAAGUUUUUAUGGAACACCUAAUUAAAUUAGCAGUUCAAGCUUAAAAAUGUUAUCAACUGAUUUCUUAUGUUUUUAACCUUUUUUUUUUUCCGACACGUUUUCUUUUUCUCUAAAAAGAUGAUUUAAAAAAAAAACAAAGCUAUAAAUUAACUUUUUUCUAUAAAACAAUUGAAAAUACUA